AUGAGUAACAACAUUUGCAACAUAUCGCUCGAAUACGAUGCGACCAAACAACAGAAUAUAACAUGGGUCGACAGCCCCAACGUCCGGGGCACCCUCAACAUCCUCCAGAGCUGCGUCUUGACCCUCGUCGCAUGCAUCUACACGGCUCUGCAUCUCGAUGUGCCUCUCAAGACGGCGUGGCACGAAGUCUUUCUCUACAAGCUCAAAUGGGUCCUCAUCACUCUCUUUGCGCCUGAGAUUUCGGUUUACAUGGCUGCGGAUCAGCUCCAGCAAGCUUGGAGUCUCAAAGAGAGGCUUCUGUCUCUGGUUCCCCAGGUACAGGCCGUGGUUCCUGACACGGGGGAGAGUGAGGUUGAGCUUCCGCUAGUGGGGAGUAAGACCAACGUCAUGAGCGCAAUUCCAGAGAUUAGUCUUAAAUACGCCUUCUUCAUCAUAAUGGGAGGCGUCCGCGUCAACGUCGACGACAUAAUCUCGCUCCCCGACCUCGACUUCAAAGCGCAACGCCACUUUACCACCCGUCCUUACACGAUCCGAGUCGGUCCCAAGACGAUAAUUCAGCUUGCUGAAAAAGGAUACUGGAUAAACAUACCAAUGCAAAAGAUUGAUGACAAAAGCAAGGCCGAUGUGCUGCAAAAAUGCCUGGUCAUGAUCCAGGUUUCUUGGAUGGUGAUGCAGUGCAUCUUUCGCAAGGUUUAUAACCUGCCUCUGGCUUUGUUGGAGGUUCAUACUAUGGUGCAUGUUGUUUGUGCCAUGUUCCUCUAUCUCUGCUGGUUGAGGAAACCAUUAAAUGUCCUAGAGCCCGAACUGCUGGACCCUGGCAAGUUCAAGGGCACCAUAGCCCUUCUCGUUCAGCAACAGUUCUACCCCAACAUGGCUACUAGGCUAGCCCUCGUUCCUCCUCAGGAAUACCCUGACCAGCCACCCCCGCGAAGACGAGGCGGUCUUAUCUCUCAUGACUGGAUCACGCCGAAUAUGGGGCAGCGCAUAACCCAUGAAGAAUACCCUUGGGUCUCAGAAAAGAUGUGGGCUUAUCUGCCCCCGGAUGCAUGGGCGAGACUCAGAUCGGACCUUUCGGAGCGACUACCUUUAGGUGCCUGGCGAUGGCUCCCCCCAAGGCCGGGACGUUGGAUCUCAGACAAAGAGACCCAGAUGCGUCCGGGUGAUGUUCUCCCGUGCGGCCUCAUGUAUCACUCCGAGUUUCAAGAUCUCCCCCUCCCGCUGACAGAGGAAUUUCUCAACCGAUGGGGCGCGAUCUUGAAAGCAUUCCCAUUCCAAGACCGCGAAGAAUUAACAAGUGCAUCCAAGUUCCUCAGAGUAAACAGACUUGGAUGGGACUUUGAACUCGUCGACCCCGAAGAAGACGCCCCAGUCCAAGGCCAAGACCUCUUCCUCGCCCAUCUAAAAGAAUUCGCACCCGUUCCCGAUGGCAUCUUCAGAACCAUGCCCUUCAGCGCCGGCAAACGGAAUCUCGACAUCAACCUCAAGGUCUUUACAGAGAACACGAGCUCAUCCUUCGGUCUCCUGAAGUUUUUCAGAGCGUUCCCCUGGCUGGCGGUCCUCGCCCUCCUCCUCUCUGGCAUCUACGGCGGCGUCCACCUGUCAGCCUGGAGAUCGACGUUCCCCAGUAUCCAUGAACAAAUUCUCUGGAAGGUCAGCUGUAUAUACAUCGCCGCCGUUCUCCCCGUAUACUUUAUCAUUGGCCCUGCAAUGUCGGACGUUGCAUUCUGGUCUGGGCCUCAAACUUUCACUGCUGUCGGGAUGUCCACGGCAUCGGGCAAUUUUGGAACCCCCAUCACAGCCGCCCUCACAAAGGCUGGUUUCGAAGUGACCGUCAUCUCCAGGACUGAAUCAACAGCAACCUUUCCAUCAGGACUUCCUGUCAUCAAGACUACAUAUACCCUCGAAAAUCUAACCAAAGCCUUGGCUGGUCAAGAUGCGGCAGUCUGUGCCGUGGGUCCCGCUGGCGUCAGCUUGCAAUCCACCAUGAUCGACGCCGCAGAAGCCGCAGGGGUAAAGCGCUUCAUCAUUGAUGACUUUGGCUGGGGACCAGAUUUUACGAGCUUCCCUGAGUUUGAACCUAUUCGCGCUCAGCGACUGGUUGGAGUGAAUCACGUCAAGGCCCGAAGUAAAGCCAACCCAUCCUUUACUUGGACCGGCAUCGCGACUGGCAACCCAGUUGAUUGGGCCCUCAAGCGCUUUCCUCUCAUGGGUUUCGAUAUUUCCAACCAUACUGCUCUCGUCUACGAUUCUGGAACGGAAAAGUUCACCGGUACCACGUUGGAAGGCAUCGGUCAAUCAGUUGUUGGCGUCCUCCAAAACCCAGAAGCCACAGCAAACCGCACAGUCAAAGUCAUGUCCAUAAAAGCAAGCCAAAACGAACUACUCCAAGCUUUUGAAAGUGUUUCAGGGAGUAAAUGGGACAUUCAGAGAUCGACAACAAAGGAGUUGAUAGACGGUGCGCGGGAGAAGCAUGAAAAGGGUGACAGGGGUUGGAUUCUGGCGUUGGCGGUGGCUCAGCUGUUUAAUGAGGGCAAAGCCAUGUGUCUUGUUGCGCCUUCUUGGGAGGAGUCGGAUUCAAAGUUGUUGGGAGUGGCAGAGGUGUCUCCUCAGGAGCUUGCUGCUACUGUUCUAGGUGUGUCUGCAGGCUAA